AAUCUAUCAUCGUGGAAUGCGUUGAUCGGAGCAACAUCUCGGCGCUCUGGCGAUAGCACCCUCGAGAUCUUCCGGAGAAUGCAGCAGCUCGGGCCACUUUGGUCUCCUGGAUCACGGCGUCCAGAUCGCACAAUCGAUCGCUCCAGACUAUGGUAUUCUCAUUAGCCUCGAAAACUAUAGCUGUGUCGUUGAUCUUGUUAACCGUGCUCUGUUUUAGGGUCCUCCUUUAGGGUUUAAGGAAGCCUAGGGCUUUACUCUCGCGGCGAGAUGGAAGAGCCGGCUGUGGCGGACAAUGGGAAGCGCAAGAGGGAUGGGAAUGGAGCUGCACCGCCGGACACCAAGCACAAGGUGGAUGUGUCGGAGUAUCGAAUUCUCCGAGAGGGCGACGCGGAAAUUCUACAGCAUGGGAACGAUGUGUUUUACAACAAGACGCAAGUUGUCAACCGAGAUAUGUCCAUUGCGGUGCUUCGAUCGUUUAUAGCUAAGCGUCAGGAGGAGCACAUUGCGAGACAAGCUGCUAUCAAAGCUAGGAAUUCAAAGGCCGCGACUGAAGAAGUCGUCGAAGUUAAUGGUAGUGCUGGUGAAACUUCUACCAAAGUGGAGGCGACCUCUAGCUCUGAAAAUAACAUCGCGAAGCCGAUUCGUGUGCUCGAGGCUCUAGCAGCUUCGGGAUUGCGCGCUUUGAGAUAUGCCCGAGAAGUCGAAGGUAUUGCCUCCGUGCUUGCGCUCGACAGUGACAAAGUUGCGGUGGAAGCAUGCGCCAGAAAUAUCAAGCUGAACGGAUCUGUUGCUGCAUCUAAAGUAGAAGCUCAGCAAGCUGAUUCACGGGUUUAUAUGCUUACUCAUGAGAAACAGUUCGAUGUGGUUGAUUUGGAUCCAUACGGCUCGCCAUCGAUUUUUCUGGACUCUGCGGUUCAGACAAUCGCCGAUGGUGGCAUGCUCAUGUGCACUGCCACUGACAUGGCUGUCUUAUGUGGUAACAAUGGAGAAGUCUGCUACUCCAAGUAUGGGAGCUAUUCUCUUCGUGCAAAGUAUUGUCAUGAAAUGGCUCUUCGAAUUUUAUUGGCGACUAUCGAGAGUCAUGCCAACAGAUACAAAAGACAUAUAGUACCAGUACUUUCUCUUUCGGUGGAUUUUUACAUUAGAGUUUUUGUGCGCAUAUAUACAUCGGCAAAUGCAAUGAAGCAAACACCCAGCAAGCUUGCUUACGUAUAUCAAUGCGUUGGAUGUGACAAUUUCUGCCUGCAACCCUUGGGUCGAAUUGUGCAGAAGAACAACAGCACUCGAUAUUUACCUGGUCUGGGGCCUACUGUACAACAGCAGUGUGAGCACUGUGGCAAAAACUUCAACAUGGGUGGACCAAUGUGGGCCGCUCCUAUUCACGACACAGAAUGGGUAUCCGCGAUUCUUUCCCAAGUUUGUGAAGCAAAAAAGCGAUAUCCCGCGUUUGACAAAAUUCAUAGCAUACUAACAAGUGUGUCGGAGGAAUUAAUAGACGUACCACUUUAUCUGAGCAUCCAUGAAUUGAGCGCAACGCUCAAGUGUACACCUCCUUCGGCUAUAGUCUUCCGCUCUGCCGUUUUGAAUGCUGGCUACCGCAUCUCGGGAACCCAUGCCUCCCCUCUUGGUUUCAAAACUGACGCGCCUAUGGAAGUGAUAUGGGAUAUCAUGCGCUGUUGGGUCAAAGAACACCCCGUCAAAGCUCAAAAGGAAGAAACUCCCGGAACCAUUAUUUUAAGCAAGGAAGCUAAAUUACAGGCGGACUUCUCUCGAGCUCGUGGUGCUCAAAGCAAGGCACAAAUGAAAGGCGUUGCCCGGUUCCUUCCCAAUCCAGAAGAGAACUGGGGACCAAAAGUUCGUGCAGGCCGGCACAUCAAGCCCAAGCAUGGCAACCUCCUCAACACCGCCACCGAAGGCAAGAGUUUUGAGAAUCCAGCCGAGAGCGACGACAAGCAGAAAGAGGCCGGGUUGUAACGCGGUACCAAAGGUACGAUUUUUUGAGUUUAAUAAACUGACAAGGUUUCGCAGCCGUA